GUAGAAGUAAAAUCAUGGCAUCACAUAACGUUCCUACUACAUCUCAGGCCGAAUCAUUAUGUCAUAGUCGCGGUUCAUCGAUUGUAGACGUAGUUGAUAGGAUUUGUGUAGACGACGGCGACGCCGCGUGUAGUUUGCGUUCAGCACAAUCCAAAUCUCGGGUUUCAUCUUCAUCCGUAAAGGCGCGUAGGGCUGCUGUUGAAGCCGCUUACAAACGACGGCAGUACGAGCGCGAGGCUAUGCUUGCACAACGUCUUUCGGAAGUUGAAGAUGCCGAAUUUCGUGCCGAGAUCGAACAAAUCAAUGCGGAUGCGGACUGUGAAGGUAGCAGGCGAAGUAGGAGCACAUGUACUCGUAUGAGAACACAGCAAUGGAGAACGUUGCACGUUUACAAAACGUGCUCCGUGGCCCCGCACGAGAAGCCGUCUCAUCACUUCUCGUCUCUGCAGAAGAUCCCGAAGAGAUCAUGUGCGCACUCGAACGUAGUUUUGCGUCACCCGAGAUGAUCGUCUUCGGCGAAGUACAAUCGUUGAAAUCACUACCGCGGUUGGGUAACGAACUUAAAGAAUUAAGUAGUAUUGCUAACAAGGUACGAAAUAGUAUUUCUACUAUAAAAUUGUUAAAUCGUAGGGAGUAUUUACAUUCUCCAGAAUUAUUUUACUCUAUUUUAGGAAAAUUAAAUCCUAACAUUAAAUUAAGAUGGACAGAUUACGCGUCUGAGUUUAGUCAAGCGAACCCGGACCUAUCUAAGUUAGAGGUACUGUCUGAAUUUUUGACAAGAGAACACGAGCGUCAUAUUAGUUUCUGUCUAUCUCCUGAAGGGGCACUUUCUUUAGCAACACAA